AAAAGGGCACAGAACAAUCAUGGAAAGUGUUUUCGUCAUCGAAAAUCCAAUGGAUAUAAAUCUCUUUGUGAGUGAAUGCAAUGAGGUGCAAAAAUUGAAAUUAGGUGAAAUAUACCAGAUGCGAGACAACACAUUGUCAAUAUGCUGUGUCCAUUGUUUACAAGAGUUUCAAUAUUUCACUGAAUUUUCGUUGCAUAUUCAAGAGCAUUUUGUACGCAAUGAAGUGACCAAAUUGAAGGAAAUCAACGAUGAUUCGAGUAGAUCAUAUGAAAAUAGUACCUUACAAUAUGCCGACUGUGACAAAGAAUCGGAAGUAAAAAUGGAAAGUGAUUUGUUCGAUAAGGAGUUUGAUUUGGCAAAUAAAUGGUGUGAAGAAGAUCUCAUCGAUAAUAAACAUAGCAUUUUUGAGCCCGAAAUAAAUGUCGAAUCGUUUGAACGACUUCCAAAAUCACCAUCGUUUGUCGAAGGUACGGAUUAUGAUCAGAUUAACGGUAAAUAUCGGUGUUCAACAUGUAAUCAUGAAACAGCACAAUGGGAACAUUUCAAAGAUCAUUUGAUGACACAUUCGAAUGUCCGAAAUGUCCUGUGUCCGCUGUGCUCGAAAGCAUUUGCAGCCGUUUCAUAUGUACGUAAACAUGUAAAUCGAACACAUAAAAUGAAAAUCACCGCAGAUAAAAUACGAGAGGCACAACCAUCAUUUAAUUCAGCCAUUAUUGUACCGCCAGCCACUGAAGCCAAAUCAUUCGUCGAAGGUGAAGAUUUUGAAAAAUCCAAUGGUCGAUUUAAAUGUUUAACUUGUGGCCGUGAAAUGUUGGAUCAUGUCAAAGAGCAUCUGCUUACUCAUUCGAACGAGAAAAAUGUAUUUUGCCCAAUUUGUGAAAAAACCUUUAUAGCCGUAUCGUAUGUUAGAAAGCACGUCAAUCGUGCACAUAAAAUGAAAAUUACGGCAGAAGAAAUUAAAUCGGCUCAAUCAUCUUUCAAUAUUCCACGGGAGGAUAAAAAUCGAACAAGGAAAAAUGUUCUUACAUCUGUGGCGCGUUGCCCGAAUAGAAAUUUGGAAAAAAUAGAGAAAUAUUUUGAAUGUUUUGUUUGUCAUCGACAAUUUACGAGCUUGAGUUCACUGCGAAUUCAUCAGAAACUACAUAGCGGCAUCAAAUAUGCUUGCCCUCAUUGUAAUAAAGUAUUUGCAAUGCGAAGCUAUGUUCGUGACCAUAUUGUGGCCAUUCAUGGCCUAAAGAGAGACGAAAUUCCAAAGGAUAGCAUUCAACAGGCGACAACUGUUAUGACAUCAGGCUCUCAGCAAAACAAUGAGCUGUUUGACUGUAAUCUAUGUCAUAAUCAAUACACUAAGAAACAGACGUUGCGUCAACACAUGAAAACACACACUUCUGGACCGUUUUUAUGUGUUACAUGUGGGUCGGUGGUUAAAUCUCUCGCCAAUUUACGGUAUCACAUGGAACGACAUCAAGCCGAUCCAAACAAACGACACAAAUGCAAUAUAUGCGAAAAAACCUACCCGACUUUGCGCUACAUGCAGAGUCAUUUUCGUCACAUUCAUUUGAACAGAAGAGAAAGAAAAAAACCAAAGAAAUCGACCGAAAUGGAUAGUGUCGGGGGUGCUUUACCAAAAGAACAUCACUAUUGGUGCUGUCAAAAAUCUAAAACGUCAAACGUUAAUGGUAAAGAAUGUUUACAAUUAGCUCUCGAAGCAUUUUCAUCAAUUGAAAAUCAUCGUAAAAAUUUAACAACAAAAAUGGAGAGUGUUUUUGUUGGUGAAAGUUUGAUUGAUAUAAAUCAAUUGACAAGUAAUGGUGAUAAUCAAUUCAAUAAGUUAAAAAUUGGUGAAAUUUACCAGAUGAGAGACAACACUUUGUCGAUGUGUUGUACGCAUUGUUUACAAGAAUUUCAAUACUUUACGGAAUUUUCACUGCACAUUGAAGAGCAUUAUCUACGCGGCGAAAUUGCUCGGCUGAGUACAAUCAAAGAAGAAAUUGAAACCGAAGUACAAACACCAGACGAAGAAGAGCUUACAAACUUUGAGUUGCCACCACCGGAAUUACUGGAAGUUGAACCCGACGUUAAAUGUGAAGUAAAUCAAUAUGAAAACGAUGGUUUUUUCGAUUAUGAUUCGGAUUUUGCGUGGUCCAAUCAUGACGACCAAAGCAGUUUAGUAGACGAAAACGAAUCGAUGCAAAAAAUAGUAGAUAAUCUACAUAUAAGAACGACAGCAAAACCUGAACCCGUACCGUUGAUCAAAUUAGGAACCGAUUAUGAAAAAGUAGAUGAUAAAUUCAAAUGUUUGACAUGUAAUCAUGUAACAGCAAAAUUGAAACAUUUCAAAGAUCAUGUAUUGACCCAUCGAGCAGUAAAACACGUCGAAUGUCCGAUUUGCCAAAAAUUAUUUGCAAACGUUUCAUAUGUGCGCAAGCAUUUGAAUCGUACACAUCGAGUUAAAAUGACCGGUGAAAAAAUUAGACAAGCUCAACCGUCAUCAAACGAGGCAGAAGCUAUUGAUUCAGCGCUUUUUUGGACAAACCCAGCAGCACCAGCACUAUGCAAAUCAGAACCACAACGAAAAACGUACACCGAAACAAAAUCGUUUGUCGAAGGUGAGGAUUACAAGAAAUCCGAUGAUAAAUUCGAAUGCUUGACUUGUAAUCGUAAAAUGGUCAAAUGGGAUCACAUGAAAGAACAUCUGUUAACGCAUACAAGUGAGAAAAAUGUAUUUUGUCCAAUUUGUGCGCGGGCCUUCAUCACUGAAUCAUAUGUGCGAAAGCAUGUCAAUCGAACGCACAAACAAAAAAUUACGGCAGAAGAAAUAAAAGCCGCUCAGUCUGGCAUUGAUAUAUCGCAAACGAAAGAAAAGUGGAUGGUUGAACGAGAGAAGAAAAUCGCAAAACAGGCAAAAUUAAAUAGACCAAAUGCGACAACAGCAACAACUGAAAAAGAAACAAUACGUUGUUUGGAUUGUGCCAGACGAUUUACAAAGCCGCGCUAUGCUCAGAAACACAUGCGUUUAAUACAUGCAAAAGUAUUUACCAUCAAUGAAUUGAUGAGUGGUCAAUCGUCUAUUCCCAAUAUCGCGGAUGAUGAUGGUGAUUGUGAUGAUGAUGAAAAUGAUGACGAAAUUAAUUUGAGAACGGAUGACGAUCCAAACAUGGAAAUAACUGACAAUAAAGAAAUUGACACGGAGCUGGGAAAGAAUUUUGAGUGCUAUGAGUGUCACAAGCGCUUUGUUCGAUCGAAUUCACUUCGAAUUCACAUGAAACUGCAUAGCGGCAUCAAAUUUUCUUGUCCCUACUGUGGGAAAGUAUUCGCAUUGAAGAGUUAUGUUCGUGAUCACAUCGUGAUUAUGCACGGCAUCAAACGUGGUGAUAUUCCAAAGGAAAUUAUUCUACAAGCAAGCGGCAAUUACAUUUAUAAUCCGCAACCGAAUAUCGAAGCAUAUGAAUGCUAUUUGUGUCGAAAUCAAUAUCGAAAACGUAAUCGGUUGCGUGAACACAUGAAUUCACAUAUAUCUGGUCCAUAUUUGUGUGUGAUUUGCGGUGCUGUUUAUAAAUCUACCGAUACCCUGCGACAUCAUAUGGAAAAACACAAAGCCAAUGGUGUACGAUAUGAAUGCACUGAACCAGAUUGCGGCAAAAGUUAUCCUACACGACGAUAUAUGCUAUCGCAUUAUCGCACCAUUCACUUGAACAAACGACGAAAGAGAACAGCGGUGGCUAAAAAACGCACGAUUUCAUGCGAAAUAUGCGGUCAGACAUUUGUAAAUCAGCACAAUUUGAGGAUGCAUAUGACAGUACAUGAUCGAAAUCCGGAUGAAUUAACUUGUAACAUUUGUGGAUGGGAGUUCAAGGAGCGUGGCAAUUUACGACAGCACAUGGAAUCACAUGGAAACAAUAAAACCAAUUGCAACAUUUGCAACAAAGUCCUUUCGAUUCGUUACAUGGCCGAACAUCUACGGAUUCAUACGGGGAACAAAGAGCAUCAGUGUGCCACCUGUGGAAAGCAGUUCGUGUCAAGAGAAAGGUUAAAGCGACAUAAUCUUCACCAUACAGCUGAACCAAAGUUCAAAUGUGAUUUAUGUGAUAAAGCAUACACCCGUUCCGAUAAACUAUUGUAUCAUCGACGAUCUCAUGACCAACAAAUGACACACACAUGUCAAAAAUGUAACAAAGGAUUUCUCACUCAUAAAUCGUUGCGAAAACAUGAAAAUCAACAUUAUUUAGAAGAA